AUGAUACAGACCCCCCAACCUUCUUAUUUAUCUGCUGCUACGGUUUCAGGCUUAUUAGAUCUGGCUACUAACUCAUGGGACGAUUCUAUUUUGACAGAUAUUUUCGAACCAAGAGAUGUCAAUCUAAUUAAGCGGGUGCCUAUUAGCCCAGGCUAUAUAGACUCCUGGUAUUGGAUAGAUGAUAUUCGUGGAAUAUAUUCAGUGAAGAGUGGCUAUCGACGAAUUAGGGGUUCUGUUACCCCGUUGAUUUCUGGUUUUGAUAGAUGGAAUAAUCUUUUGAAGUUGAAGAUACCACCAAAGUGGAAGACUUUCAUUUGGAGAGCUCUUACUAAUACUCUUCCUACUACUUCCAAUUUAAUUCAGCGUCGUUUGGAUAUUGAUCCCUUGUGCCCCCUUUGUGCAUCUCAUGUGGAAGAUGUGUCACAUGUGUUUCUUUGUUGUGAUUUUGCAGUGGUUACAUGGCAUAGUGCUCAGUUUGUCGUCCCCAGUGGAGCUGGACUAUCUUUCCCUUUGUGGUUCCAACAAGUUCUUACCACGAUGGAUGAUGAUGCGGUCACAAGGUGUACAGCUAUCCUCUAUGCUAUAUGGUCUGCGCGUAAUUCAGCACUGUGGGAGUCCAAGGUACCUAGACCGUCUACGAUGGUGGCAUUGGCGGAUAAAGCUCUUCAAAAUUGGCGGAACUCUCAUAUUACAUCCAGCUCUCAUGGCCUCAUAUAUGCUCCAAGUCCAGAUGCUCACUCUUACAACCGGUGUUAUAUUGAUGCUGCGUAUGAUCCUGAUUCAGGCAGAGCUUCGGUAGGCGCAAUUUUGUUGGGCCUAAAUGGUGAUUUUGUUGCAGCUAUCAUUUUGUGA